AUGCCACCUAUUCUUCACCCCAAGUCUCGGAUGACCUCAUCCCUCUUCGCCACGACCGUCGUCGCCAGUUUCUUCGUUGUCGCGCUUCCACACCUACUCCCCUGCCCCGUACCGGCGACGAAAUUUGCAGAUGGCGAUGUCAUGGUAGACGAGAACGGCAAGAGGAGGGUAUGGAGGCGCAAGGAGCCAUUAGAUAUCAAGGACGGGAUCGUACAAUUCAACGACACGGGCGACAUGGAGGGCGGCUCCCGGAGGGUACGGAGAGAGUGCCCUGUGCCGAAGCCGGGUGGCAUGCUGGGCGACUGGUUGGGCUUCCAUAAGGACGACAAUAACAUGGGAAAAGCGAACAAGUAA